GGUUACCGGCCAGGCUGCGCAGGCGCAGUGCGGCCCGACCUGGUUGAGGCCUAGCGGUUCCCCCACUCGGCCGUACAGUUAGUUGUGUGAUGAGCUGCAGCUGGUAACACUAGCCCUCCUCAGUGUGGGACUUGCAGCCUAGCGGGAGAGCGAGCCGACACUCUGACAGCCGGGGCCAUGGAGACGGAUUACUACAGCCCCGAGCACUCAGGUAAGCAGGCCUAGCCCAGUGCGGCCCCCGGGCCGGACAGCGGACACGGAAACAAGCCGGUCUGUUCGGUAGACACACGGAGCCAAGCACACGGUACUUCCUGGGCGAAAUACCGCCCGAAACGAGAUAUCCGAGCCAGCCUUCCGUGUGCACACACCGGCUCCAUCAUCAUCAUUAUAACUAUUAAUAAUAAUAAUAAAUAUUAUUAACCGGUCUGUCUGUACACACAGGGUCCAUCAUCAUCAUCAUCAUCAUCACUAUUAUUAAUAAUUAUUAUUAACCGGUCUGUCUGUACACACAGGGUCCAUCAUUAUUAUAACUAUUAAUAAUAAUAAUAACAAUAAUAAUAAAUUAUUAUUAACUGGUCUGUCUGUACACACAGGGUCCAUCAUUAUUGUAAUAAUAAAUAUUAUUAACCGGUCUGUCUGUGUGGGUUCGAUUACCUUCUCUCAUACAGGGCUAUUCACUAAAGUGAGAAUUCAAGCAUUUCACAUUUAAGGCUAAAGUAGCCGAACUGGAAGCAUAGCUGGCUGGGAGAAAUCUUCUAGUUCGGCUACUUUGACCUUAAUUUUGAAAUUCCCUCUCAGUUCCCAUCAGUUCUCACUUUGGGGAAUAACCCUGUCUGGAGAGCAGGAGGACCUGACACGGGAGGGACGGCAGGGAUACUGCGAAUGGGACAGGGCUAUUCACUACGCUGGGUUACUGGGAAUGGGACAGGGCUAUUCACUACGCUGGGAUACUGGGAAUGGGACAGGGCUAUUCACUACGCUGGGAUACUGGGAAUGGGACAGGGCUAUUCACUACGCUGGGAUACUGGGAAUGGGACAGGGCUAUUCACUACGCUGGGUUACUGGGAAUGGGACAGGGCUAUUCACUACGCUGGGAUACUGGGAAUGGGACAGGGCUAUUCACUGCCCUGGGUUACUGGGAAUGGGACAGGGCUAUUCACUGCGCUGGGUUACUGGGAAUGGGACAGGGCUAUUCACUGCGCUGGGUUACUGGGAAUGGGACUGGGCUAGUCACUGCGCUGGGUUACUGGGAAUAGGACAGGGCUAUUCACUAUGCUGGGAUACUGGGAAUGGGACAAGGCUAUUCACUGCGCUGGGUUACUGGGAAUGGGACAGGACUAUUCACUGUGCUGGGUUACUGGGAAUGGGACAGGGCUAUUCACUGCGCUGGGUUACUGGGAAUGGGACAGGGCUAUUCACUGCGCUGGGUUACUGGGAAUGGGACAGGGCUAUUCACUGCGCUGGGUUACUGGGAAUGGGACAGGGCUAUUCACUACGCUGGGAAUGGGACAGGGCUAUUCACUGCUCCGGGAAUGGGACAGGGCUAUUCACUGUGCUGGGAUACUGGGAAUGGGACAGGGCUAUUCACUGUGCUGGGAUACUGGGAAUGGGACAGGGCUAUUCACUGCGCUGGGUUACUGGGAAUGGGACUGGGCUAUUCACUGCUCCGGGAAUGGGACAGGGCUAUUCACUACGCUGGGAAUGGGACAGAGCUAUUCACUGCUCCGGGAAUGGGACAGGGCUAUUCACUGUGCUGGGAUACUGGGAAUGGGACAGGGCUAUUCACUGCGCUGGGAAUGGGACGGGGCUAUUCACUGCGCUGGGUUACUGGGAAUGGGACUGGGCUAUUCACUGCUCCGGGAAUGGGACGGGGCUAUUCACUGCUCCGGGAAUGGGACGGGGCUAUUCACUGCUCCGGGAAUGGGACGGGGCUAUUCACUGCUCCGGGAAUGGGACGGGGCUAUUCACUGCUCCGGGAAUGGGACGGGGCUAUUCACUGCUCGGGAAUGGGACGGGGCUAUUCACUGCUCGAGAGGGAAUGGGGCGGGGCUAUUCAGAUGGGGCUGCUCGAGGAAUGGGGCGGGGCUAUUCACUGCUCGGGGAAUGGGGCGGGGCUAUUCACUACUCGGGAAUGGGGCGGGGCUAUUCACUGCUCGAAAUGGGGCGGGGCUAUUCACUGCUCGAGAAUGGGGCGGGGCUAUUCACUGCUCGAGGAAUGGGGCGGGCUAUUGCUGCUCGGGGAGAUGGGGCGGGGCUAUUGACUGCGCGUUGGGUUGGGGCGGGGCUGUGUGGCUGCGUUGGAGUUACUGGGAGAUUAACUGCGUUGGGUUACUGGGAGCGGGGUGGGGCUGGACUGCGUUGGGUUACCAGAGCGGGGCAGGGCUAUUGACUGCGUUGGAGUUACAGGAGCGGGGCGGGGGCUAUUGACUGCGUUGGGUUACUGGGAGCGGGACGGGGCUAUUGACUGCGUUGGGUUACUGGGAACGGGACGGGGCUAUUGACUGCGUUGGGUUACUGGGAACGGGACGGGGCUAUUGACUGCGUUGGGUUACUGGGAACGGGACGGGGCUAUUGACUGCGUUGGGUUACUGGGAACGGGACGGGGCUAUUCACUGCGCUAGUUAUUGGAAGUGAGUUUUGUAAUAUAAAUCCAGAAUAAGUGGUUUUCCUCGAUAUUUUGAUUCCCACUCACACAGACCGGUUUAUUCACUGACUUGAGAAUUGUCUGGAAUGAAAUUUGAAUUAAAAAUAUUUAAUCAAACUUGAAGCAGAUCUGACCUGAUUAUUUUUUUCUCGGUGGCCUAUUUUGGUAUUAGUUGUGAAAUUCCCUGUGAAUUCCCAUCAGUUCUCACUUUGGUGAAUAACCCUGUCUAGAGAGCAGGGGGACCUGACACGGGAGGGACGGCAGGGAUACUGGGAAUGGGACAGGGAUAGAACAGGGCUAUUCACUGCGCUGGGAAUGGGACAGGGCUAUUCACUGCGCUGGGAAUGGGACAGGGCUAUUCACUGCGCUGGGAAUUGGAAGUGAGUUUUGUAAUUAAAGCCAGAACAGCGGUUUUCCUCGAUAUUUUGAUUCCCACUCACAGAGACCAGUUUAUUCACUGAACUGAGAAUUGUCUGGAAUGAAAGGUGAAUUUAAAAUAUUUAAUCAAACUGGAAGCAGAUCUGACCUGAUUAUUUUUUUUCUAGAUGGUCUGUUUUGGCAUUAGUUUUGAAAUUCCCUGUGAAUUCCCAUCAGUUCUUACUUUAGUGAAUAACCCUGUCUGGAGAGCAGGAGGACCUGACACGGAAGGGACGGUAGGGCUAUUCACUACCUUGAAAGUGGGUUUUAUAAUUUAAAGCUAGCAUAACCUAGCUGUUUUUCUCAUGUUAUGAAUCCAUUUCACGCUGAGUUGUAUAACUGACUUGAGAACUGUCCGAAAUACAAAGUGAAUUUCAAAUUUAAUUCCAAGUAAGCCAAACUGGACCUGAAUUUUUCUAGGUUCUCUAUUUUGGCAUUAAAUUUGACAUUUACUUUGAAUUCAUGGAAAUUUCCGUACUACUCUCACUUAUCAUGUAUUAUUUUGGUGGGGUUAGUCAGGGUUUGGUAAAGUUAGAGAGUGUGCUGCCGCAUGACAGAAAUCAUGCCUUUGUUUAAUUAUUUUGUUGUAUUUGAUGUGUGUAUUUUUAUGAUAUAACAAAUGGUAUACUUUUUGAAUGUUCUCUGGGCAAAGAGUGCGCCAGGUAACAUCAAACCAUUUUUAAAUUAUUUGAUAUUAAAUCGGAGGAUGACUCCAGGACUCUAUAGGCAACACAGCCACAGCAUUGUGCUAUAGAGAUUGUAUUCACCCUUCUUUUUUUGCAAUUGUGGGUAUAUAUAAUUGAUAUUUGGUAACUGAGCAAAUAGCCAGUUUUUCUCAUAUUAUGAAUCAAACUCGCACAGGGUUUUUCACUCAAGUGAGAAUUGUUGGGAAUUCAAAGUGAGUUUCAAAUCUAGGCCAAGUAAACUAAAUUGGAAACCUAGCUUACCUAAAUCUUUCCAGAUUGUCUAUUUUGGCAUUACAUUUGAAAUUUACCUUGAACUCGCUUCAAUUCCCAUACUACUCUCACUUCAGUGUUACACCCUGUUAGGGAUACUCUGUCAGGGUUAGGUCAGGUUAGACUCUGCUACCAUAUAUGUUUGCUGCGACAGGUAAUUUAAGUAACCUUAUAAAAUGUAAAACUGUAUAUUUAUGUUUAUGCUUUUCUUUAAUCUGCAUUAGGUCAAGUUAGACUGUGCUACACCCUGGGGAGUUAUUUUUUCAUUUAUUUAAAAAAAAAAAAUUUUUUUUUUGUUUCAUCAUUUUAUUAUGAUAUUGCGUUUGUGUUAUAACAAAUAGUAUACUUUUUAAUGUUUGUACAAUUCUGCAUUAGCAAUGUGGCUGAGAUAGGGCCAGCCCUGGGUACCGAGAGAGCCCAGUUACAUCAAACCAUUUGUAAAUGAACUGAUCUAGGCAACACAACCACUGCAUUGUGCUGUAGGCUGUAUUCUUUGGUCUUUUCUUGCCAUUGUGUGCAUAUUUCAUUGAUAUUAGGUAGCAGAAAAGCAAACUCAUUUUAAUGGAAAUUUGUAAUGUCCGUUUGUAUGUUAACCCAGUCAGUACUAAUCAGACCUUCUCAGUCAUUUUGGGUGCAGAAUUAUAUGUUCACUUAUGAAUCUGCAUCAUCAAGAAGAAUACAUUGAGGUUCCUCUUAAUUUCAGUUAUUCCUUAAAGAGUGAUUAUUGUGUAUCUUCCGUUCACAUAUCCCUCUCCUUUUCUUGUUUGUUUCUAAAAUUACUGAUCGUUAGAGAAAUUGGCUCUUUUUUAAAUGCUAUUAAUUAAUCUCUCCUGGCUAUAAGACUGCUUUUGAUGGUUUCCCACUCACAUGCUUGAAUGUUUGAAGUAUUGAGUGCAUUCAAUGCAGUUAAAUUGGCUUCUCCCUGCUGACAAACCAUGUCAAACCUUACUAAAAUGGUUUGAAAGAUUUACCAUGCACUCGUGGCACCACAACCACCACAGACUGCUGCAGUUGUUAUUGUGCCUAGAGUAUCCUUUAAAGCAUUAUAAAUUGGGGAUCAGGCUGGUACUUUGUAAAUAUUUGUAAUAUAUCAGAUGGGUUUUGAUACAUUCCAAACCUUCUUAGACCAGUUAAUAAUGUUAGCAGUAGCUUCUGCAAUUAAAAGGGCGCAAAUGUAUGAUGUUAACAAAUCAAUCGCAUGGGCUCCUAAUCACUAAAUGUGACUUAUUGUUAAUUUUCCUGUUGUAGAUGAUGGAGGAGCCACCCCAGUACAGGAUGAGCGUGACUCUGCCUCUGAGGACGAAGCGAAUGAAGUUGGAAGUUCAGGGCACCAGUACGAGGUAAUUGUAUACAUUUAGUCUAUCUAACACUGACACGGUCUGUUAAACAUUUUUUGUUGAGAAGGCCAAUGUUGUUUUUAUAGUUUGUAUUUAAUUUAAGCUAUGUUAAAGUGGAUCUCUUACUCCAGAGAGAAAAAAACAUUAUUGCAGCACAUUUGCUGGGGGGAGGAAAGAUGGGUAAGGGAAAUAUCACGUCUGUGUUGUAGGCACUUUACAGCCUGGGAGACCUCAGGUGCUUUUGGACUUCUAUAUAUAAAUGCCCCAGUAUUGCAGGAGUAGCCUUUGAAGUGUCAAAAUAAAAACAAUGGAUGUUUUUAAGAUAAUAUCAAAUGUGACAGUUUCACUUUGUUUAUAUGUUUGCCUAUGAUAACAGUGUAAAUCAUACUAAACCCAAGACUUAAGCUGUAUGCUUUGAUUCACAAGUGGACAUGUUGGUUGUAGUACAAAGAAAUACUAGAAAACGUGAUAAGACUUUUACAAGUACUCUGGCAUGUUAGCGGUCAUUAACAUUAUAUGUAUAGUGAACACAAUGCUUAAAUUAAUCAAAUUCCCUUCAUUCACUGAUCCAUGUGCAUUAUAUGUAAUAUAUUAUUUUCCAGAAUGAACAUAGCGAUGCAGAGGAGGACAGGAGAGGGGGUGCCAGUGCAUCUGAGAAUGAUGAAGCUGCCGAAGGCAAUGAGUCAGACGAUGAACAGCAUAGAGGUCGCAACUCCAGUGACUUGGAAAAUGACAGCUUUAAUCGCAAUGCCAGUGAUUCUGAAAAUGAUGGACGGCGUAAUGAUAUUGGUAGUGAUUCAGAUGAUGAGGCACAUCAACAGAAGGGCAGUGAUUCUGAUAAUGAUCAUCCCAUGAAAGGUCCUGGCAGUGAUUCUGACGAUGAGGUUCACUCUAGACAUUCAGGCAGUGAAUCUGAGGAUGAUGCACCAAGCAAACAUCAGGGUAAUAACUCUGAUGAUGAAGCACCUGCUAAAAAUCGUGAAAGUGACUCUGAAGAUGAGGCUCCUGCCAAGAGGGCAACAAGUGGCUCUGAAGAUGAAAUUCCAGCCAAGCGGGCAGGCAGCGACUCUGAAGAUGAAGCACCUGCCAAGCGGGUGGCAAUUGACUCUGAAGAUGAGGCUCCUGCCAAGCGGGCGGCAAGCGACUCUGAAGAUGAGGCUCCUGCCAAGCGGGCAGCAAGCGACUCUGAAGAUGAGGCUCCUGCCAGGCGGGCGGAAAGCGACUCUGAAGAUGAGGCUCCUGCCAAGCGCGCAACAAGCGACUCUGAAGAUGAGGCUCCUGCCAAGCGCGCAGCAAGCGACUCUGAAGAUGAGGCCCCAGCCAAGCGGGCAGGUAGCGACUCUGAAGAUGAGGCCCCAGCCAAGCGGGCAGGUAGCGACUCUGAAGAUGAAGCCCCAGCCAAGCGGGCAGGUAGCGACUCUGAAGAUGAGGCCCCAGCCAAGCGGGCAGGUAGCGACUCUGAAGAUGAGGCUCCAGCCAAGCGGGUGGCAAGCGACUCUGAAGAUGAGGCUCCAGCCAAGCGGGCGGCAAGCGACUCUGAAGAUGAGGCUCCAGCCAAGCGGGCGGCAAGCGACUCUGAAGAUGAGGCUCCAGCCAAGCGGGCGGCAAGCGACUCUGAAGAUGAGGCUCCAGCCAAGCGGGCGGCAAGUGAAGAUGAGGCUCCAGCCAAGCGGGCGGCAAGCGAUUCGGAAGAUGAGGCUCCCGUCAAGCGGGCUGGAAGCAACUCUGAAGAUGAGGCUCCCGUCAAGCGGGCUGGAAGCAACUCUGAAGAUGAGGCUCCCGUCAAGCGGGCAGCAAGCGACUCUGAAAAUGAAGCUCCUGCAAGGCGGGUUGCAAGUGACUCUGAGGAUGAGACUCCUGUGAAGCGCACAGCUGCCAAUAAACGAAAGAAAGUUGCAAAACAUGCGAAAAGUGGCUCUGAAGAUGAAGCUCCUGCUAAGCGGGUGGCGAGCGACUCUGAGGAUGAAGCUCCUGCAAGGCGGGUUGCAAGUGACUCUGAGGAUGAGACUCCUGCUAAGCGCACAGCUGCCAAUAAGCGAAAGAAAGUUGCAAAGCAUGCAAAAAGUGACUCUGAAGAUGAAGCUCCUCUGAAGCGUGUAGCUGCCAAUAAACGUGCAGCUACCACUAAGAGAACUGCUGCUGCCGCCGCCAAACGUGCAUCAAGUGACUCUGAAGAUGAAGCUCCUCAGAGGCGUGUAGCUUCUUCAAAGCAUCUGUCUAAGCGAACAACCUCUGCCAAACAUUCAGCGAGCGACUCUGAAGAUAAUGCUCCGGCAAAGAAAGCAGGAAGUGACUCCGAUGAGGCUCCCCCUAAGCACACAGGAAGCGAUACUGAAGAUAAAGUUCCUGCUAAGCGUGCAGUUAUUGAUUCUGAUGAUGAUGAUGUACCUCAGCCAAUGGUUAUUAAUGACGAUAAAGCUCCUCCUAAAAGUAUUCCUUCUGAUUCAGAGGAUGAAAAGCCCACUAAGAUAGAAGACAAUUCAGAGGAUGAAUUUCCUAGAAUGAAGAGGAAAAUUGUGUCAUCUGACGACAGUGAGGAUGAUUUUAAACCUGACCCCAAGAAGAAUAAGAAGUCCUUCAAGCGCAGCUCCGGUAGUGAUGAUAGUGAAAAUGAGGGUACGAAAAAAGACAGACCUGAAAGUGAAGGAGAUAAAGCAGGGAAAAGGAAAGCGGCAAUCUUGACAGACAGUGAAGAUGAAGAGAUGGCAGGUAAACCAGGUAAUACAUUACUGCAGUUAGAGAAACACUGUUACAUGUUUAUAGUGUCUCAUAAUUCAUGGGAUGGUAUUGCAGGCUUACAAUAUAUUUUAAUGUACAUCAGUGUCUGGUAAAUUGAGCUGCAAAAUGCUAAAGUAUAUGAGUACCUAUGAAACCUCACAUUGUUAAAAGAUUUCCACUUUAAAGACCCAUUCAUUGCAAAUCUAUGAACGUAUGCCAUUUUAGGUGUGGAAAUACAAUUAUUUUUUUUUACAUGCAGGUAGUAAAAAGAACCGGAUCCUCUCAGACGGGGAUGACAGUGACAGUGAUGCUGAGAAACCACAGAAGAAGAAAAUUGGUUCUUCUGGCAGCGAGGAGGAAGACGAAUCAAAAACACAAGGAGAAACUAAGGAUUCAGAGAAUAAGUUAUUUGGCAGUGACAGUGACUCAGGAAAUGAAGAAGAGUAAGUAAUGGCCAGUAGGCCUUCAAUCUGUAGCAGAGCUAUGUAACAUGCCACCACCAAUGCACGCAAGCAUCAUUUUUAAAUUUUGAUCCAUGUGUAUGAAUGUAAGGGUUAGUGUGUUUACGAAAAAUGGACUCUUAUGUCCGUAAAGUAUUAAAGUUAAAAAUACCACAAAGUGACUUUAAAAUAUAUAUAUUCAUUGUGAAAGAUUCCAUAUAGAAGCAAUUCUCCGAUAAUGUUGGUUCCUGAUUGACAACUGAUAAGCUUAAAAUUUGCUUCUUUAUGUUUUUUUGUUUUUGUGAUUUUAAUUUAUUUUUUUACUGGGGGCCAGAGUUUGGGGAAGCCUGCUCUAAACUUAUAUCAAUUAAAAAACUUUUAAAAAGCCUAUAUAUUUUGUCAAUAAGACAUAAUUUGUAGCCUAGAUUGAUUUGAUCAUCAUAUUCUUAGGAUCUUAAUUAUCUUUAUUAAUCUUAAUACAGGAAUCUGAUUGCUGAUAUUUUCGGUGAAUCUGGAGAGGAAGAAGAGGAAGAAUUUACGGUAAGGUUCUUUUCCCUCCCCUUCCUUUCCCUUCUUUUCCCUUCCCUUCCCUGGCACUGGAGAAUCCUUUGAACUUACAAAGAGCCUACCAGAGCUGAACAAAAAAGAACUUUCAGCAACUAAAAACGUGCCUUUCUUAAGGGACUUUGUACUUUCAAAGUGACAGUUCCUUGUCAAGUUAUUCACUAAAGUGAGAAUUGCCUUAUAUUCAAAGUACAUUUCAAAAUCCAGACCAAAACAGCAGAAUUGGCAAAAAUCUCAGUUAAUUCAGGUGUCAGUUUUGCUAUUUUGUCCUUAAAUUUGAGUUUCCAUCAAUUCUCAUGUCAGUGGCAAACCCUGUACUUGUACAGGUGGAUUUCCUCUCCCACCAUAACCUGACUCGAAUACAGGCAGGAUGUAGUUCUGUUCUCUAACACAAGCUGCAUAUGGUCAGUGUAAUGUUCCCUCAAUGUACCUUUUAAAGUAUCAAGCAACUAAUGCUGUCUUACCUUUUACUACGAAGGGUUUUAAUCAAGAGGAUCUAGAUGGGGAGAAAGCUGCAGCAAACAAACAAGCAGCCACAGCAGAUUCUGACUCUGAUGAUGACAUUCGAUCUGGCAAACAGUAAGUUGGAAUAAGAUGAUGUAAAAAGUUUAACUGGACUAACAUUGAGUCAGACUAUUUUAAGUGAUCAGAUAUAUUAUUUUUUCUUAUAUGGCAGAGUAUCAUUAUUUUUCACAAUAGAGCUAUGUAAAGGUACCUUGAUGUUAAUUAAAUAGAGCUUAUCCUGGCUCUAGCUUCUACUAUUGGGUCAGCUACAAAUUGCAAUGUGUGAUUGAGAAGGUAAUAAUCUUACACAUUCUGAAUAUAAGGACUGGGCAUUCUGAUUUUUGGAACGUUCAGUGACUUCCAUUUAAAUCAUGGUUUAAUUUUAGUUCGUUAAUGGUGAUUUAAAUAAACAUUUUAUCUGAUCUUUUCAGGUUUUUUUUUUGUUUUUUUUAAAAAAUGUUGCAUUCAUUUGUAGUAAAUUUUAAUGAUUCUCUGCUUUCACCACAGAGCUGAUUUCAGAUCAGAUUUUGAUAUGAUGAUGGAGAGAAAGAAACUUAUGAGUGGUAAACGGCGAAGAAACCGUGAUGGAGGUACUUUCAUCAGUGACGCAGAUGAUGUAGUCAAUGCUAUGAUUGUGAAAAUGAAUGAAGCAGCAGAGGUGAGCAGAGUCUCCUAAUUACUUUUUUUUUUUAUUAACAGUGGGAGUUUGCAUAAAAUAAUGAAAUGUUGUGCACAGUCAAAAAAUUGGGAGCUGGUUUAAACCAGAAUCCUUGCUAACAGAUGUGUUUGGCCAGCGAUACCAGAAGUUCACAGUGAAAAGGAGAUAUUUGCUCUGAAUGGUGCUCUCAGGUGACAUGAGAGCUGCAUAACCAUGACUUUAAAGGGCAACUAUAGUGCUAGGAGUAGUAGUCUUAGCACUAAAGUACCGUAUAUAGUGAGCCCUCGGUCGUGCGUUCCACCCCCCAUGAUGUUUUAGCUGAAGCUGGAUGUCCUCAAACAGAGCAUGAGGACGUCCAGCGUCAGACGACCAAAAGUUGUUUAACAACCCUGAAGCGCUGGUAGACAGCUGCUUUAAGUGGAGUUUACCCGGCAAUGUAAUUAUUGCAGUUUAUCAGUAACUGCCAUAAUUACAAUUGCAGGCUUAAACUGACAUGAGAUGAAGUGGUCUGGGUGCCUAUUGUGUCACUUUAACGGUUUAUAUUUUCAUGCAUGUGCAGGAGUAAAAAAAAAAACAGGGAUCUAUAGGAGAUCCUGCUGGAUUUACCUUUUGUUUUUGUUUUUUUUAAAUCUACUGGGUAAUUUUAGCAAAUGUUAGUAUGGUUGUAUAAGGUUUUAUCUACCUCCUUAACUAAAAGAAACCAAGAUGGGCUGUCAGUUAUCGUAUGAAUACAAGAUUCACUAUACGACACAGUCAUGACUGCAGUCAACGUCUACCCUUGUUAAGUUACUCACAGACGUAUUUCUGCUGGCAUUAUGUCAAUGUAUAUUGUCACUGAACGUAUGCAACUGUCUGUGCGCAAUUUCGUUCUGUUAUGUCUGUAUUGUAUUUCUUAACAUGUCUUUGAAUAAAUAAAGGAUUAAAAAAAAAAAUCUACUGGGUAUCAGGCAGUUAUAUGCCUAGAACCCAAACAGUCAUGAUUGACUGCUGACUUAAGUGAAAAGGAGCCAGCAUUUAACAUAUUUAACACACCGUAAGAACAGCUUUGUCUAAGUAUCACAAUUACGCUAAAUCAAAAAUUUGUUUAUUUUGAACUCAACUGGUGGGCAACCUGUAAUAAAUAUUUUGUUACCAUGAUUUGAAGCUGCUUUAAUGCCCUUAAAACAAAAUGUCAGUUUCAUUUGUUUCUGCUAGUUGAGGCAGAAUCCAGUUAGCUGUUAAUUUGCUCUGAGUGUGAGAAUUACACUUUUAUAUAUCCUCUUACCACUAGAAAAAUCUCUCAUUUUGAAGCUGGUUUAUUAUCCUGGAGAAAACAUUUGGAUAAUCAAUUCUUUUAUUUGUAUCUAGGAGGACCGAAAUCUCAAUUCCAGUAAGAAGCCGGCACUGAAAAAACUAACUUUGCUUCCAACCGUGGUCAUGCAUCUUAAAAAGUAAGUACUUUGAGUGGUUUACUGCUUUCUUCCCUUUUAUUUAUUUAUUUUUCCCAGAUUAGAAUAGCAACACAAACUAAAUAUUCUAUUAAUCACUUUAUACUUAAAAUAUUUUUUUUCUUUUCUGUCUUGUCCAAAAUGAAGAUAGAAAACAUAUUUUUUUUUUCUUUUCUUCCUUGCAUUAAUGAAGUUGCAUUGAAUGCUCAUAGACAUAGUGAACAGCCCCUAUUUUUAGUUCUCCAUUUGUAGAUCAAAAUAGCUACUUCUCGUGUUUCCGUCUUUAAAUAUGGCCUGCUCAGUAUAUGCCUUUACAUUUGUAUCUGUCACCUUUUCCAAAGAGUUCCCAUAUCUCUUGCCUCAGAGUAGGCUAGGCUAUUUUACACUCUCCUAGCAUCUGCAUUGGGAUAUAAAUUAGAAGAAGAAAAAUUGAGCACAGCCCAUGGCUUAGUAUUAGUUUGCUUUAGGUCAUGCAAAAAGCAGGAAGUGAAACUCUCCUUUUAUCUGAGAAUAAUUGCUAUAUGCUCAUUCUCUUCAUUUUGACAGUUACAUUUUCAUUAUACAUGCACUGAGCCUUGUAAACAGUGGUGGUUCUACUAGAAUUGACUUAAUAGCUUAAUUUACAUUUCUUUAUAACAGGCAAGAUUUGAAAGAGACCUUCAUUGAUAGUGGUGUUAUGUCUGCUAUAAAGGAAUGGCUUACUCCUCUUCCUGAUCGCAGUCUACCAGCUCUGAAAAUCCGGGAAGAGCUACUGAAGAUACUUCAGGAGGUUAGAAAUUACACAAACAAUUCUUAUUUUUUCCCAUUUCAUUCUAAGACAAAAAAAUCCUUUUUGCUCAUACAGUCAGAGUCUCCUAUUAAAUAUUGAAUGUGUACAAAUGUAAUGAAGCUAGACAGGAACAGUAGUCUCCCUAGCAUAAUCUGUUUCCAGUUCUAAUUUCUGAACUACAAAUCAAAAUGAUAGAAUUCCUCCUAAGAUAGUAAGAACAUUUAUCUAUAGAUCCUCCAUUAGGUCGAUGAUCUCUGGUCACAUGGAGUAAAUUGUCUUUUCCAGUUUAGGGGAAUCCAUUUUUCCUCUGGCUGUAACAAUUCCUCAUACUUUAUAUUGUAACACACUCCAUAUUUUAUAUUGCCUCUUAAACGUUUUUUGUUUCUUUUUUCAGCUGCCUAGUGUGAGCCAGGAAACACUAAAGCACAGUGGCAUUGGUAGAGCUGUUAUGUAUCUCUACAAACACCCUAAGGAGUCAAGACCCAACAAGGACAUUGCUGGAAAGCUGAUCAGUAAGUAGCAUGCAAUUUAAUAAUGUUAAUGUAUCCUCAGCUACAGAACUCUCGCAAGUCCUUUGUGGAUCUACAUGGCUGUAGGACACAGGGUGCUACAAUAUCUUGUCAUAUGAUUUUAUAUGCGUAUAAGUAUUUUGUGAUAAGCUGCAAGACCAUAUUGUAGCCAUGUUAUUGUUUUAUGACAGUGUUGUAAUAAGCCACUGUAGCACGCUAUACACUACAUUAAUUGUAAAAUAUUUCAAACACCAUCUAUAUAGGUGUUCAGGUUUGGCAUGAUAGAUACUAGGGAAGUUGCUUGAUAGUAGAUGAUAUUAAGAAAGAGUAAGACAAUAUAGAGAGAAAGUAGAAAUUGAACUUUGAAGAGGAGACAAGUGAAUGAAAUCUCACCUGGGAAGCCAGAUGUCUCUAUAUUUAUUUUUUUGCACGGAUUUAAAAUGGGUCUGUUUUGCAAACUACUAGAAAACCCUGUCUGCCACACUACCACCAUGGUACACACCAAGUCUUCUGCUAUCUGCACUCUGGUUUGGUUGUUUGAUAUGAUUAUAGUGCAUUUGCAUGUUUUUCCAUUCACGGUAGGUUAUUUGAUCUACCAAUUCAUAUACGCUAUACCAAGUGUAAGAUGCAAACACACAUGCAUCUCCUAUUUAUUACUGUCAUUUAUUAAUUCAUACAUUAUUCCUUUAAAACAAGAUGCAAACUAACUUGAGAAUGACAUGGAUCUGCUUAUAACUUCUGUGAUGUGCUUUAUAAACUGUUUUUUGUUUUGGCUUUAACUAGUCCCUUACUAUACUAUUAAUGGAAGAGUUGCACACUCGUGCUAGCAGCAGUAAUGCAUUGACCAAAAAAAACAAUCUUAAAUUUACUUUAAAUACCUUGUGCUGACAGAUAUAAUGGAAGCCCAACUCACUGGUUUGUUGUGAUGCUUUAUAACCUAUAUUGCAACACCAUUUCACAAUUCUACAAGUUUACAAAAAAUCCCUGAGCCAUAUUCUAUUGUAGUGAACCUUAAAGGGACACUCCACUGCCCAAAUACAUACAAAAAUCACUAUUUAGUAGUUAUACCAUUAAUGAAAACCUGCAUUUGCAUUGGGAGUAUAUCUAAAAACUUGCAAGAACUGCAGAUUUCUUUUCUGCAGCCUUUGCAAGCCCUCUCCUUCUUCCCCAGCCCAGACAUUCUUACCAAGGCAGGUGUUCUGAGCAAUUGGCUACCUCUUGAGUUUAGCUCCACUGAGCGAAGCUAUCAGGAAGUAACAAAACUCUUAAUCUAAGAUAGGUUAAUUUCUAAGAGUGACACUUUUUUAUAGAAAAAGCUAAAAUGUUUUAGCUGUUCAGAGUGUUCCUUUUAGCUGGUUUUUAUAGAUUAACAUUUGCAUGAUUGCUACCGGUAAAUUACUGGGUUUUGUUUAACCGGAAACUGAAAGCUUUCUUGUGAGCCACUGUUUACAUAGUAUGUUAACGAAGUCAGAAUUUUAAUCAUGAACGUGUACUCCGUUGUAGAUGAGUGGUCACGGCCUAUCUUUGGACUAAGUUCGAAUUACAAAGGCAUGACCAGAGAGGAGAGGGAACAGAGAGAUCUGGAGCAGAUGCCUCAACGCAGAAGAAUGAGCAGGUAAACAUAUUGAUAUACUGCAACUGUGUAAACUAAGCACCACCUUCAAGGUUGCCUCUAUGAUUCGUUUGGUUCCCCAAAAAGAAAACAAUUGUUUAACCAUGGGACAGAUCAUAUUGCCAUAUGGUAUUUAGAACAAACAUAUGUUUUUAUGUAUACAUUCAACAUACUAGUCAUUGUACUUAUUAGGCUUCUAUGUUGAUUAAGUUUAUGACGUAUAACAUUAAUUUGCUGCCUUAAUUUUCAGUGAAUUAAUCAGUUUUCUUUCCUUUAUAGUUCUGGAGGUCAGACGCCACGUAGAGACUUGGAGAAAGUGUUAACAGGAGAAGAGAAGUAAGUAGGAGUGCAUGUGUUAUUGACUUUGUCUUCAUGAAAAUCAAAAUAUUCUAUUAAUAUACUGGAAAUAGAGGAAUUAUUCCGUUUUUUUCCCCUAAAACAUUUAUUGAAAGUAAUGUAAAACAAAAUUGAUUUUGACUCUUUAUUUUAGAGCCCUGCGGCCUGGUGAACCUGGAUUCUGUGCUCGUGCCAGAGUUCCUCUACCAUCCAAUAAGGAUUAUGUUGUCCGUCCAAAGUGGAAUGUAGAGAUGGAAUCCUCUAGGGUGAGUAUAAUACCUAUGACUUAUGUCGACCCCCUGACUUGCGAGUUGAGGAUGAUGUUUCCCGUUUUGUACAUUGGAAUAUCAGCCAAUAGCAGCUAACCUAUAUAAGAUAUUCAACAACAACAACGUUGCUAGAAUUCAAUCCUGUCCAGUCUUUCCUUUCUAUUAAUUUAUUUCUUUACCUUUGUCCAAUGUUAACAGUGCAUUAGCAACAGUAUGAGAACUUUCUACAGUGUCAGGUUUUCUACUAUCCUUUUGUUCUGCCUUUUCUCUUGCUCCCCCGGUGUCUUUUUUUUUUUUUAAUGUUCUGUAACGUCCUUGGAUGGACUCUCGAUCCAGUUUGGUCCUCGGAAAGGCAUUACUCGCCUGGAGAAGCAUAAAAGACGUUUUGCUGAGCGAAAAAGACUAAAUAAAACAACACGUGCUAUCAAGUUCAGCAUUGAAGGGAACAGAAUGCCCCUCUAGUGUUGAUGGCCAUUGGCCCUCUGUGUCUGCGGGAGAGGUAUUCUUCGGCAUAUCCUCUUCCAGUGUGUACUAAAACGAUGCACAUGGUUGUUGUGUAUGCUCUGGUUUUGCUGCUCUGAGGAAUGAAUACUAAUGUAUUGAUUCAUUACUGGCAUGAGAAACAAUCUUGCUCUGUAAGGGAGUUUUAAUUUUAUUUGUGGGGCGUUUGUUUUUUUUGUUUGUUUUUUACUAGAAUUAGUAAUUUAAUGCUUAAGUGAGAGAUGGUUGGGCGUGCACUAGAUUUGCUGCUCCAUUCUGAUGCUUGCUUGGUGGCAUGAGAAAUAUGCUCAGUCUGUUUAGGUAAAGGUGUGUUUAUUUUUUGUUUAAUUUUGCUUGUUUUUAAUAGCCGAUGUAGGGUGACAGAGUUGUUCAUAUCUCUUUGAGUAGGAGGACAUUAGCAAAACAUGAACUGCAUUUUCUGUAGGAAGUUUGUAGUUUAUUUUUAGUUUCUUGUUUGUUCUAGUCAGUGAUAGAUGGAAAAUGCACACCAUAAAACUGUCAGAUUACAUUACUAACUGGGCACUCGAUUGUGCUGCUUUUUUUUUUCUUUCGUAAUUCUUUAUUUUUAAUUAUUUUAGUUAAUUUUACAACAAAUGCAGAAAUUCAAAUCCAUAUAUAAUUAUACACAGCAUCACACGUGUUAUCCAGGUUUUCGGCAAUUCUUUUUACAUGCAAUAAUUUGAUACAAAUAUGGAGGCUCCUCAGAAUAGUACAUCACCCUUUGAGAAAAAUCAAUGGCAUGGUUUGGCUUUCUAGCCUUUAAUGUGAUCUGUAGAGCUGAGUUCCUAAUGAAACUCAUGAAGAUUGUUAUAUUUCCUUUAUUAAGGAUUAGUGGCAGUUACGUGGGUCUCUUUGCUUUGCAUGAUGCACGUCUGUACGUCCCUUGAUGUGCUUUAAGUCGAGGGGCGUCCCUGAUUGCUCUAAGUUCAUAAGCCAAGUCCCGUCGGGGGGGGUAAUUAUUGGAAACACUACAUGCAAACUUAGAUGUGCACACUGUAGUUUGGUUACAAGGGGUAUAAUUUAAAAGAAAGCAAAAAUAAAAAGAUAUGGUGGCGCUAUGACAUCCUUAAAAGUGCAAAUCUCUCAUCCCUUAUUUUAAAAAUAUUAAAUUAUAAACACAUGCAGCAACAAUACAGAGUCAUGGUAAAACAAACUAUAAUAAAUAAUGACAAAUGGUCCACACAAAGAAUUUGAUUAAAAAAAAAUACACCAUAACACAGUAAAAUAAUAGAGGUAAUAUAAAAAAAAAAAAAAUUCAUUGUGCGUAUCAUUUCUUAUUAUUUAGUAUAAUUCAGUAGGCGGAAGUCAUGAAAUCUAGUCAGUAGAAUUUUUCGGUUUCCCCAGUGCCUUAAAUACGAUUAUGCGAACUAAAUAUAAAAUGAAAUUUAAAUCAUGGUAAUUUAGGCAAAAGGUGAUAACUGUAAGUUUUGCAAUUUGGCUUUCAGUUUCCAACUUUCCAGUAUUUAAUGAAUAAAAAACCCCUUUGUAAGGUAUAUGAAUAAGUCGCCGUAUGGUAAUCUUUUGUUUCUAGAUUCUAAAUCAGAGAUUGGGGUUUUUUUUUUGUUUUUUUUUAUUAACAGAUAGGGGGAAAGAUUAAUUCAUUGUUGUUCUGUACAAUCUCACCAUUUAGACCUUUAAUCCUCUAACAUCUACCAUUUUGUUUUCUUAUAGUACCAGGGGAACGGUAAGAAAGGUGUGAGCCGACUGGACAAACAGAUGAGAAAGUUCACAGACAUUAGGAAGAAGAGCCGCUCUGCUCACGCCGUCAAGAUCAGCAUAGAGGGGAACAAGAUGCCUUUGUAACACUUGCAUCUCUGGAUGUUCUCAGAUUAUUGGAGUAAUGAUGGAGCUCCCAUUGAACAUUUUCCUUGUCCUGUUGCUCUUUGGACUCUUUUCGAGCCUUUUGCAAUAUUUUUAAUGCAUUCUGUGCCCUUGUGGAGACCUGGCAUCUCUUUAGUACAAGAUUCAUGACUCCCAAACUAUGAACUUUGGCCCUACUUUCUGGGAUGUAUUUAAUGCUGUGUGUACAGAUCGAAUUCUCAGCGUACCUCAUUGUCUGGACCUUUGACAAUAAAUUCUUGUUUUGUUUUUUAACUGCGUAUUGCAAGUUUCUUUAAGAUGCAUACUGUAAAUGAGGUGAACAUGGUCAUGAUUCGUGGAAGAGGGAGGAUGACUUACUGGAUUCUGAAAUAUUCCCGUCACUGAUUCACUUAUAGAUCCUUACAAUAGGUUUAUUCUAGAUCGGGCAUAGGUAAUUUGUGCCAUUCUAAGGACUGUAAACUACAUGUCUCAUGGAUGCCCAAGGUGGCUUGAAAUACUUGGGUUCUUUAUUGUUUUGCUUAAAGUCAUUAUGUUCUUGUAGGAGUUCUCACAGUGACGGGGUGAAUUUGAAUCCUAAGUCUACAUUUUAUUUUUUAUAAUUCACCACCAUUCGCUGUUUGUUGAAGAAAUCAAAUAAUGUAGAGUUAUGAUCCUGAAUCACUAAAAUACUUGUUUUUAAGGGUUCUCUAUAACCUAAUCUGCUUAUGUGCAAACUGCCUAGCUCUUGUGUGAAUGUUCUACUUUAUGAUUGGACACUUCAACUAUGGCCUUGAUUUAACAAACUUCAAACUCAAAAUGAUUCAAUACGGUAAGAAAAACUUUCCAUGUGAUUUAUCUACAAAACUCCCCAUAGACUUUAAUGGUGACUUCUGUAGAUAAAUUGUUUGGGAAGUGUUUCUAACAUUAUUGAAUCAGGUCAUGUAAAAUUAUUAGAUUGCACUUAGCGCUUUAGCUACCAGUGUUGCCACUUAACUUUACACUGCACUGGAAGGUAAAUAAUACACCAUAGUAAGGUUAAUAACAAUCAUAUAUACUAACAGAAAUUUCUUGAUUGCUCUACUUUUAGAUAUUUGCUCUGGAAUUGCCCUGUAAUAUUACCUUAAUACAGGUUAAAAGAAAAGAAAAUAGGGAUAAAUAACUUUAUACAUAGCUUGACUGUUUUUAUCCUUUCCAUUAAAACUCGCUGGGAGGAUUUGAUCUUGAAAACAAUGAGGUGUUGGUUUAUUUGUCUACUGAGGGUUAUAUGCUAAGGAAAAUACUCCACUGCCCAAAUAAAAUGUAAAAAUAAAUACCUGUUUACUUCUACCCCCAAUGAAAACAUGCAUGGAUUUUAUUAUGCAUUUUUUUCUUUGGGAAUAUAUUGCAAAAGCUACAGAUCUCUUGUCUGCAGCCUUUGCAAGCCCUCCCCUUCUAAUCCCGCUUAAACUUUCUGUAGCUGUCCAAUUACAGGCUUCCCAUUGCAGCUCAAUGAGCAGUCUUUGCAAGACAGGUGCUCUGAGCAUUUGCCUGCCUCUUGAGUUGAGCUCCACUGAGCUAACAAAACCAGGAAGUAACAGGACCCGUCUCUGAUAGCCAAGGGAUGUAAC